GGAAGUGACCCGCAAAUCCUUCCCAUGGUUCCCAGCGCGCGUGGGGAGGGCAGAAAGCUGGGUGCAACAUACUGCCGUUCAUACUGCAACGUCGGGCGGUCUGCACGGAUCAUUUUGGUGGAAAACCUCGGGAGUUUUGUCGAGCAAGGAUCCCUGUAGUGACCAUUCCGUCUGUAAGUAGAGCAGGGCGAGAAAUUUGAGAAGAAUGAGAAUCAUCCAGCUGAAGUUGUGGCGCCUGUGCAGCUGUUUCACUGUCAUCUUCAACUUCUUCAAACGGCUGCUGUGGAGGUCACAUGGUCGACGGAACAGUGACACCCCUCUCCCCUCUCACAGCAGUGGUACGGUCCCAGUACAGGCCCCAACAGCUUCAGGGAAUGAGCCAGAGCUCACCUCUUGGACAGACUGGGGUGAUGGACCCACCAGUGUGGAAGUGGUGCCCAGCAGUACACAGCAUGAUGAGGACCAACCUGAACCUGACUACUUCCAGGACAUGGCACCACAGAUUAAACGACCAACCAAGAUUGUAGUAAAGAAAAAACUUCAUUCAGAGCCAAUGGAGGACCUAGGGAGUCUGUCCAGCCGUCUGUCUGCAAGCACUGACGCAGGACUGUUACCUGUGAGUUCGGAGCUGGAGACGUGGACGGAUGACGGGAACGCGUGGGAAGAGGACGGGGACUCCAUGCUGGCGUGGGAGGCGGAGGCAGCGAUACGCGAGCAGCGACAGGCCGAACGCGAGAGGAGACACGCCGAUCAGCAGCGCAGGAAACAAGAGAUGGAGGCACAGAGGGUCGCUAGGCAACAACAACAACAUAGACUGGCAGUCAAACUUUCAUCAUAGCAAUAUGCCAACUUUGUGUCUAUGUUAUGUAGAAACUCAUUCCUGUAUUAUAUGUAGUGUCUUAUGUCAUCACAAAGUUUGAAUGUCAAUGUUGCAAUAUUACUCCAUUGUCCUAGGUAGAAAUUGGUUCUAGUAUAGAUAGAAGCUGAUGUCGGUAUGCAUGAGGAAGAAGUCCUUUUACACAGUAAAUGAUCGAUAACAGAUCUGGAUAAUCAGAGUUCUACAGAAGACUUUUUACUUGUAUAUACUUGUAACAAUAUCACAGGACACAAAAUCACAUCAUUAUGACCAAAGAACAAAACAAAACAACAGCAGAAUUAUGUAGGUAGAUGGUUCAUCAGAGUUGGGUAGAUAAUGUAACUUGGCAAGAGGCAUAGCUCCAUAAUAUCACAUGGUUGCAUGAUAAUGGAAUCUUUCUCUGUGCAAGCGGUUAUAUUAUUUUAUCAUUUUUUUAAGAUUGUGGAAGCCAUUUUUUCAGCAUGUUUAACUUCAUGUUAAACAAAAGAAUUCUGAAAGUGAUAAGGUUGUACUUUCUGAAUGUCAACUUGGCAUACAUUCAAACAUCUCCAGAUUUGUGAGCAACUUUACUCCAAAAGCCAUGUGCUACUCUUAAACUCCUCAAAAAGGCUAAGCUUAGCUAAAGAUUUUUGGUAGGGUAACAAAAGGGGUUCUGACGAGUUGCUUGGAUACUGGAUUUGAGAUGAAUCAAAAGAAUGAAAGCUUACAGAAUUCUUAACCUGUCUUACAGAAUAAGCCUUUUGGAAUAGCCCAUCUUCUUCUGCGUAUCAAUGUAAAAUACAUUUUCUGUCACAAUCACAAUUCCAGUAGAAUGUUGUGCUGCUGUAUUUUUACUUAACAUUCUACCUGUUGUGUGCUGCUCUGUACAGCGACUUGGUAGACAGUAUUGUAUACACCAGCAGGAAUAUGGUACAUGUACAUGGCUAACUAUGCUUUAUUUUAAAGGAAUUCUGUGGUAAAAAUAUCUGUCUUCGUGUACAAUUACCAUGAUACAUUUCCUUACUUGUAGUAGCUAUGGAAAUCAGAUUACAACUUGAAAAUUAUAUCUGUUCUAACAAUUUUUAUGUUUAUAGUUGGCGAAGUUCAAUAAUGUCAUACUGAAUAGAUCUAUUCCAGCUUUCACUGACUGUGGUCGAACGUCAGAACCCUGGUACAGUAACCAUACCAUUAGGAGGACAAUGUCACUCAGAGCCUAUCAGUCUUGCCUAGCAUUUUUGCUCAGAACUGUUACUUUUCUGGUUGUAUGUAUAUAGCAGUAUAACUGUCGUUCUGCACAACACACCAGCUUCUCAGGCAAAUGGGGCUGGACUUUGCAUACAGUGCAGGCUCCUUCACCAGAUAUUGAGGGACAAGAACAAGGGGCAGCAGUGGAGUCGCUAAGGCUGAACACAGAUUGCGAGGAAACAAAUCCAAGCACAAAUUAAAAUGUCUAUAACUACUUAGCAAUUGCUUUUCAAGAAAAAUAAUGUCGCAAGAAUUGGCCAUGGCUUUGUCGUAUCGGAGUCGAGGAUGGUUUGAAGAUGCUGUGUGACGUCUGUUUACCAGGAGGAAACACCUUUUGUUGAUGGUUGUAAAACUAUGAAAACCAUCACAGUUUGACGAUUUACGAGGAAUCUGAUACACACACGGCGGCCGAGAAAAGAAGGUUAUCUCUGAACUACCUUGUCAAGUUCGUAAUAAAUUCCAAUUUCCGUCAAAAUACAUUUUAGAUCGUGGUGAUUCCCAUCGGAGUUUGCAGUCAUUGCAAAAUAAAAUCGAUCCUGAAUGU